AUGCCCCCCUCAUCCAUCCCCAACCUCCCCGCAAAACUCGAACCGGUAUUCACGCCGCGGCCGGGCGUGCAAGAGGCGCAGGGGACGCAGGCUGUGGUGCAGGCGUUGGGCCUCGUCGAGCAUGUCGAGGGAGGCUGGUUUGCCGAGAUUGAUCGCAGUCCGUUGGUGAUUGGGAAUCCAUUUUUGCAUACCAGUAAGGAGGCGGGGAGAGGGGGGGAUGGGACGGCGAUUACACCUACGGCGUCUACAACCCCCACAUCCACCCUCCCCCUCUCCGGCAACAACGCCGUCCGCAACGCGAGCACAAGCAUCUACUACCUCCUCACGCGCAACAACCCACAGGGCCACUUCCACCGGAACAAAGCGAGGACGGUGCAUACGGUGAUUCAGGGCCGGGGCCGCUAUGUGCUGAUUCACGGGGACGAAGAGGACGAGGGGGGACGGGGGGACAAGGCGGGCAUCAGGGUGGAGAGUUUUGUGGUGGGUAGCAAUGUUGCCAAGGGGGAGAGGGCGGUGUGGGUUGUUGAGGGGGGGAAGUGGAAGGCGAGUUUCUUGCUGGGUGGGGAAGAGGGGGAUGAGGCGCGGUUGUUGAUUAGUGAGACUGUUGUACCGGGGUUUGAGUAUGCGGAUCAUGAUUUCCUGACUAUGGGGCGAUUGGAGCAGUUGCUUGGGGAGGAGCAGGUGCGGGAGUUGGGCUGGCUUGUUAGGAAGGCUUGA